AUGUAUGAGGCUCAGGGGUAUAAAGUAUUAACUAGUCAAAAAGUAUCAGGAUAUUCUGUAAGAAUAAAGCAACCAUCUUCAUGCGAAAACAACGUCCAGUAUUCUGGAUAUAUCGAUAAACACGAUACCGAUGAUCAUUACUUUUUCUAUUUUACUGAGUCAAGAGCAGAUCCAGAGAAUGAUCCUCUUGUCUUGUGGUUAAACGGUGGCCCUGGUUGCUCCUCCAUGAUGGGAUUAUGGAUGGAAUUAGGACCAUGUUUGGUAAAUGAGGACGGUAACGGAACAACCAGAAAUCCUUAUAGUUGGAAUAACGCUGCAAACGUCGUAUUUUUGGACCAGCCUGUUGGAGUUGGUUACAGUUAUGGAAAGACCAAAGUGAAGAACACUGAAGAAUCUGCUCGUGAUGUAUACGCAUUUUUACAGCUCUUUUUGGAUGAAUACAAAAAGUACGCAAACAGUCCCUUCCAUAUCUCUGGCGAGUCAUAUGCUGGUCACUAUCUUCCUGCAAUUUCAUCUGAAAUUAUAAACAAUAACAAGGAGGCAACCGAGAAAGGCUUAUUGAAGAUCAACUAUAAAUCUAUGCUGAUUGGCAAUGGCUGGACCAGUCCCAAAAUUCAAUUCAAAGAAUAUGAAACGUAUGGAUGCACAAAUUAUACAAAAUAUCAACCCAUCUUUAAUGAAACUACCUGCAAGGACAUGGAAGCUACUUAUCCUCGGUGUGAAUCUCUCAUGAACGCUUGUUAUAGAUUCCCUACUUCCUUGACAUGUAUUCCCGCUAGUCUCUAUUGUGAAAGUAGACAAGCUGGCCCUUUUGAACAAACAGGAUUAAACCCUUAUGAUAUUCGUAUGAAGUGCGAAGGCGACAGUGGACUGUGCUACAAUUUGAUUGAAGCCAUUCAGGAUUACGCCAACAAACCAGAAGUUAUUAGCAAUUUGGGUGUAGAUCCUGAGGUAGAAAAGUAUGAAAGCUGCAGCAGCUCCGUUGGAUACAGAUUUGGUACAACUGGUGACAAUUCUUUUGAUUACUCGCCUAAAGUCGCAGAAACUUUAGAGGCAGGUGUUCGUGUCUUGUUGUAUGUUGGUGACAUGGAUUGGAUUUGUAACUGGGUGGGUAAUCUAGCUUGGAGUCUGGAAAUGAAAUGGAACGGUCAGGAAGGAUACAAUGCUGCACCAACUGAACCUUGGUAUAGUGAUCUUACAGGAAAACAUGCAGGUGAUGUCCGUAGCUUCGGAAAUCUCACAUUCCUCAAGAUCUUUGAAGCUGGUCACAUGGUUCCUUUUGAUCAACCAGAAAAUGCAUUGGACUUUUUCAACAAGUGGCUCAAUGAACUUCCCUUAGCAAAUUAA